AUGCCGUUCGGCACUCUGUACACUCGCCCGUUCAACCCGCGGUCGCUGGCGAUUCUUGCGAUUGCAAAAGCGAACAAUUUGCCUCUGAAAAUCAAGACCAUCACUUCAUUCAAAGAUGCUACCGAAGAGUAUCUCCAGCUCAACCCUCUAGGCAAGAUUCCUACGUUUGUGGGGGCCGACGGCUACGUAUUGACGGAAUCUAUUGCUAUUGCUCUCUAUGAUUCAAAUACGACUUUACUUGGGACUACCGGACAAGAAUAUGCCUCCAUCAUUCGCUGGAUGGCCUUCGGGAUCACCGAAAUCCUCCCAGCGUUAGGGGGCUGGUUCAACCCGCUCAUCGGACGAGCCAACUUCAAUGCUGACAACAUAUAUCAAAGCAAAGAUGACACUUUAGCACGGCUAAAGAUUCUUGACAACCAUCUUUGUGGGCGAGAGUACUUGGUCGGGGAAACCCUCAGCCUAGCUGAUCUGUUUGUGCUCGGGAUUGUGCAGGGCGCAUUCCGGUUUUUCCUUGAUAAACGCUGGAGGGAUGAGCACCGCAACCUAUCUACCUGGUUUGAGCGUGUGCAUGCUUUGCCUAUUGUUGUUGAUGUUGCUGGGCCUCCGGUGCUGGCAGAGUAUGAAAUGCCGAUUCAGCCGCCUAAGUGA